AGAUAGUGCGCCCCGAGUCAUGGGAGCAAUUUCAAGUUGAUGGUUUGGGAUCAUCAUCUAUGCUGCUCGGCGGCGUUACUAUGAUGACGAGAAGCCCUAUCGUUGCAUGGACCACUUUGGCCGUGGGGCUUUGGGGUUAUCUGAAUUCUCAUCCUCUGCGCACCAAGGAUGGCGGCAAUUCAGUCCAAGGGAUGAUAUUCGCAAUUGGCGCCAUCAUCUCCGCUUAUGUGCCUCGCUUUAUUCUCCAGCCUCAGCUUCCUGCUAGCCCCUCUACGUCGUGAGGCUUCAUUUAGUGCCAUAUGCUAUAAUUAUAGCUAUCGUUUUGUUCUCGCGGCCCCCCGUAUCCGUAAGAUGGAUGAACUGAGUGAACCAAAAUGACUAUCAACAACUGUGCCCUACAAGGGACUCAACAAGUUGGGCCCAAGAUAUCCCUCGCACAUUUCCCGUUAGUAUCUAUUUUCCGACA